AUGUGGGUGUUCACAGUCAUUUCUGUGGCCUGCAUGCUGGCCAGUCCAUCCCUGGCUGGCAUCAAAGACCUCAGUUCCCACUUCAGUGACCCUAAUCCCAACCCGAGGGGCUUAGAGCCAGGUGGCGCAGUGGAUGUGGAGGCCAUUCCUUUGGAUUUCCACAAAGAAAACACAGUCACCAAUGACCUCGAUUUAGACGGCUUUGAGGAAGACGAUUAUAUUGACUUUGAUAAGAUCCUGGCCGCAGGAAGUGAUGAUUACAUCGAGGGGGACGAGAUCGACGAGAUAGCCACACCGGCCCCAGACAUUGAUAUCUUCGCCGAGUCCUCUGACCCGAAGAUCCGCCGAGCCCGACUCCUACGGCUCUUCCACGGUCGAUCUCGUCUUCAGCGUCUCAACAUGGUGAAUGCCCGCUUUGGCUUUAAUCUUUACAGAAGUCUCCGUAACGACGUAAACCAGACUGACAACAUCCUGCUGGCACCUGCCGGGAUCUCCAUCGCCAUGGGCAUGAUGUCUUUAGGCGCUGGAGAGGACACUCACCAUCAGAUCUAUAAAGCUUUGGGAUUUGCCGAGUUUGUUAAUGCCAGCCAUCACUACGACAACACAACGGUCCACAAGCUGUUCAGGAAGUUGACGCACAGGCUUUUCAGGAGGAACUUUGGCUACACGCUCCGGUCUGUCAACGAUGUCUACCUUAAGAAAAACGUGUCAGUGAAAGACACCUUCUGCACUGAGACGAAGGCGUAUUACUUCGCCGAGCUGCAGUCCGUAGACUUCAGCAAACCAGCGUUCCUGAACAUGGCCAACCGUCGCAUUGAAAAACUGACCAAGGGGCUGAUCAAGGAGCCGCUCAAGAGUGUGGAUCCGAACAUGGUGCUGAUGCUACUUAACUACCUGUACUUCAAAGGGACGUGGGAACAGAAAUUCCCAAAAGAGAUGACCUACUACCGAAACUUUAGGGUUAAUGAAAAGCAAACCGUCCGGGUGCCGAUGAUGGCGAACAAGGGGAACUACCUCGCCGCUGCCGACCACGAACUGGAGUGCGACAUCCUGCAGCUUCCAUACACAGGAAACAUCAGUAUGCUCAUUGCCUUGCCAAGGAAGAUCACAGGCAUGAGGACGCUGGAGCAGCGGAUUUCACCGACUGUUGUCAACAAAUGGCUCAAAAACAUGACAAACAGGACUCGCGAGGUUUCCAUACCUCGCUUUAAACUGGAGCAAAACUACGACCUGAUUGAAAAUCUGAAGGAGAUGGGCCUCACUGAAAUUUUCAAGGAAACUGGAGAUUUCAGUAGAAUGACUUCAGAAAAAGUUGCCUUGAACUGGCUGAAGCACCAAGGAACCAUCACAGUGAACGAGGAAGGAACAGAAGCUGCCGCCCUGACUCAAGUGGGGUUCAUGCCUCUCUCCUCUCAGAUCCGCUUCACAGUGGAUCAUCCGUUCCUUUUCCUGAUCUACGAGCACCGCACAGACUGCCUCGUGUUCAUUGGCCGGGUGGUAAAUCCCUCACAGAACUGAUAGGCUAAUCAAUUCAUAACCGAUUGAACGUUUAUAAAGCCCAGCUUUGUUUGACCGAACAUCAGACACAUCUCUGACCUUCUGAGCUUCUCAGGAGUCUUUUUUAGUGAACUUAGACUCAGAAUGAAUAUUUAGACUUCUUCAAUUUGCUCAAAGUACGAAGUCUGUUUGAGGGACUCGCUAAAUGCUUGUUAUCUGUCUGUUAAUGUUUUAUAAUUUACAACCAGGCUGGUGGAGAAGUGUGCAGACAUAAUGAUGUUACUGUAACUGCUAAUGCUCUAGCAUGGUUAUUACAAACGAAAUGUAUAAACGUCACAGCUGUCCAGUAAAUAAAAUACACAAAACUACAA